GUGAGCCUGCCUCGGUGCUGUGGUUGUUGUGGACGGGGCGGCAGCAGCGGCAGAGGAGCGUCGACAGGCGUAGAGCGGAGCUACUAACCGGCGCUGAUUUUUACAUGAUUAAAACACUAAACGGGCACGAAGACUCACGCGGAUCGAUAGAAACACACCUGAAGCGCACGUGCGGUCAUGGAGUCCUAUGACAUUUUAGCUAACCAACCGGUGGUGAUUGAUAAUGGGUCGGGGGUCAUCAAGGCCGGCUUUGCGGGAGACCAGAUCCCCAAGUACUGCUUCCCCAACUACGUCGGGCGUCCGAAGCAUGUGCGCGUGAUGGCGGGAGCCCUGGAGGGAGACCUCUUCAUCGGGCCCAAGGCCGAGGAGCACAGGGGCCUGCUGUCGGUGCGGUACCCGAUGGAGCAUGGCAUCGUGACCGACUGGAAUGACAUGGAGCGGAUCUGGCAGUACGUUUACUCCAAGGAGCAGCUGCAGACAUUCUCCGAGGAGCAUCCUGUGCUGCUCACAGAGGCUCCUCUGAACCCGAGCAAGAACAGGGAGAAGGCGGCUGAAGUGUUCUUCGAGACUUUCAACGUGCCGGCACUCUUCAUCUCCAUGCAGGCCGUGCUCAGUCUGUACGCCACAGGCCGCACCACCGGCGUAGUGCUGGACUCGGGCGACGGCGUGACCCACGUGGUGCCCAUAUACGAAGGCUUCGCCAUCCCACACUCUAUCAUGCGUGUGGACAUCGCUGGGAGAGAUGUGUCGCGGUACCUGCGACUGCUGUUGCGUAAGGAAGGAUACAACUUCAACACGUCGGCCGAGUUUGAGGUCGUUCGCACCAUUAAAGAGAGAGCCUGCUACCUCUCCCUGAACCCUCAGAAGGACGAGACCUUAGAGACCGAGAAGGCUCAGUACGUCCUCCCUGACGGAAGCACUUUAAAUAUCGGCCCCGCCAGGUUCCGCGCCCCGGAGCUGCUGUUCAGACCCGACCUGAUCGGAGACGAGAGCUCAGGCAUCCACGAAGUCCUGGCCUAUGCCAUCCAGAAGUCCGACAUGGACCUGCGGCGCACGCUCUUCUCCACCAUCGUACUGUGUGGCGGCUCCACGCUCAUCAAAGGCUUCGGCGAACGGUUACUGACUGAAGUGAAGAAGCUCGCACCCAAAGACGUAAAGAUCAAGAUCUCGGCCCCCCAGGAGAGGCUGUACUCCACGUGGAUUGGUGGCUCCAUCUUAGCGUCGUUGGACACCUUUAAGAAGAUGUGGGUGUCGAAGCGGGAAUAUGAAGAAGACAGAGCACGUGCCAUCCACAGGAAGACCUUCUAGGCCAAUAGCCCCUCAGAACUGUCCUCAUUGCUCCCCCCCCACCAUCAAACGCUAGAGGCUCCCUGACAUCAGUGGGUCCCUCCUCCCCCUCCUCCUACCUACAUCCACCUGCUUCUAACCCACCGUUGACCUCCUGCUCCUCAACCUGCACACACACACCUUUAUGUGUGCUCGUCUCCAUAUUUACCUCCUCUGACCCCCUCCCCUCCAUGUUCUUCCUGCUGUCAGGUGGUGGUGACAGCACGCUCUGAACGUGACACGCACACCCACCCACGCACCCACACACACAUGCACACACACUCGCACACAAA